AGCGCAAUGGUUCAACCUUUCAACAAAACCAGUUUGUUUUGGAGCCAAAGAAAACCAAUUUGGCGCCUUCAACAUCAGAGCAGAAGGCUUCUUGUCUGCAAUCAAACUCGUCCACGUCAGCGGUUCAGUCACGUGUGAUAAGAACUCAUGCGCAAAGAACCUGAAUCAGUAUAACAGCAAAUGGGGCUGUGCGCCCAAUCACCCUUUCGUGGGCAAGACACCGCUGAACACCGUAAUCACCACCUCAAACAACAAGAUCGUUUUCCCAAAGGACCACCACUUCACCCACGAACAUACCAGCCUUUGGUACGACAUGGAGCAGUUUGAUUCCAACUCCAACUUCCUGGUCUUUCAGCGCUUCCAUGAUCCCCUGUACGUAGCCGCAGGACAAGAACUGCGAUUGUGGUUCGGAGAAGACUUGAAAGAUGUCAGCGAAGAUGAUAAUGGCGGCCAGACGUGCGCACGUGUCUUUGGUCUUUACCUUUAAGGACGAUUUAUGUAGCAUUUGGCCCCC